GACAAAUCUGAGUGUUGAUAGUAAACAUACAAUUAUCAAAGAUUAAUUGAUUGAUAACACGUGAUAAACUCCAGGUCUUUUUUAUUCUGAACACAUGAGCAAAUGAAUGUUGGAGAUACAAAAAUGAAGAAAACUUUGCUGGGACUAGUUUUACUUUUAUGUGACACAGUUCUAGCAUUGAAUGAAUGUGGCAGAUGUAACUGUUGUAUAAAUGGAACUUCAAGAUGUAAAUACAACAACAAUGUAGACGCUGUUUGUUUGGAUGGUUGUAUUGACGGAUAUUAUAGUUACAGUUGUAUACAUGCUUGUAGUAACAAUUGUCUAACAUGUUCUGGUGCAAGCAGUUGUAACACAUGCAAAAAUGGCUUCUAUAUUGGUCGUAAUCUGGUUAAUUAUACAGAAGAUUGUAGUUUAUCGUGCCCGGACAAUUGUAAUUCAUGCACUUCUUAUUAUAACUGUAGCAAAUGCAAUGAUGGAUAUUACAAUGGUAGACAAUACCCAUCAAGCGAUGUUGUAGUCUACGAUUGUCGACACGCUUGCAGUAAUAAUUGUGCAACAUGUUCUGAUGUAAGCACAUGUCACACAUGCAAAAAUGGCUUCUAUAUUGGUCAUAAUCGAGAAAAUAAUAAAUAUAAAGAUGACUGUAGUUUAUCUUGCCCGGACAACUGUAUUUCAUGCACUUCAUAUUAUAACUGUAGCAUAUGCAAUGGUGGAUAUUACAAUGGGAGACAAUACCCAUUGAGCGAUGUUGUAACCUACACUUGUCAACAUAAAUGUAGAGAUAAUUGUAUAUCAUGUACAUCAUACGAUGUUUGCACACAAUGUAAAAAUGGGUUUACAGGUGAUCUAUGUGAUAAUUGUGAGGUAGGAAAGUACUGCUGGGUUGAUACGUGUUCCGUAGGUUGUGAAAAUAAAAAUUGUACUUAUAGUGGAGAAUGUCCAAGAUGUAAGGAAGGGUUUACCGGAGUUAAAUGUGAUAGAUGCAUCGAUGGUAAGUUCGGGAAUCUCUGUGAGCAAAUCUGCCCACUUACCUGUUUAGCAUGUUAUUCAUUGACGAAUUGUUCUGACUGUAUUGGAAAGCACUGGGGAAACACUUGUCAACAAUGUCCCGCAAACUGCUUAAAUUGCUCUUCCAGUAGCACUUGCUCAUCAUGUGACAAAGGAUUCCAUGGACAAAUAUGUAAUAAACAAUGCAAUGUUAACUGUCUUGAUGGUAGCUGUGACCUAUUGUCUGGAAACUGCAAUGACGGAUGUGUCGCUGGCUUUUACGGAAACUUUUGUGAUAUGAAAUGCAGCAAUGACUGUGUGAAUUUAAUAUGUGACAGAAUACAUGGGAAUUGCAAUACAGGACACAACGGUAAAAUGUUUUCUAUUUAGUAAACAAUAUAACAUCUUACACAAACUAACACAUUAAGCAAGCAAGUAAGUGAAUGAGUCAAUAA